AUGGGUCUGCUCGACGAUUUUGACGACAGAAAAACCCAUAUUGAAGCCGAGCAGGAACAAUACCACCCUUUUGAGUACCAGACCGAGAACAAUGGCUCGUGGGCUGGUGCUUUGCCGGUGAAGCAGGGUCUCUACGACCCCUCCUUGGAAAAGGAUGCAUGCGGUGUCGGUUUUGCUUGCCACAUCAAGGGCAAAGCUAGCCACAAAAUUGUCAGUGAUGCACGCAAUCUGCUUUGCAACAUGACUCACCGAGGAGCCGUUGGCUCCGACGCCAGAGACGGCGACGGCGCCGGUGUCAUGACGUCGAUCCCCCACCGCUUCUUCAUCAAAAACUUUGAAAAAGAGGAAAAUAUCAAGCUACCCCAGCUGGGCCAGUAUGCCGUCGGCAACCUCUUCUUCAAGCCCGACGAGGAGACGUUUGAAGAGUCCAAGAGGCAGCUGGAAGACGUUGCCGAGUCCUUGGGCCUGCGCGUCCUCGGCUGGCGUCGUCCGCCUGUCGACUCGACUCUCCUCGGUCCCGCGGCCAAGUCGCGCGAGCCCAUUAUUGCCCAGCCCUUUGUCGUUCUCGCCUCGGCCUAUGGCACUGGAGUCGAGCCCGAGAAUACGGACCCGGCGACCUUUGACGAGCGCCGUUUCGAGCGCCAGCUCUUCAUCCUCCGCAAGCGUGCCACCCACACCAUUGGCCUGCAUAACUGGUUCUACAUCUCCUCCCUCUCCAACAAGAACAUUGUGUACAAGGGUCAGCUAGCCCCCGUCCAGGUCUACUCCUACUACCAUGAUCUUGUCAAUGCCGACUACGAGGCGCACUUUGCCCUUGUCCACUCGCGUUUCUCUACCAAUACUUUUCCGUCCUGGGACCGUGCCCAGCCGCUGCGCUGGGCCGCCCACAAUGGCGAGAUCAACACUCUGCGCGGCAACAAGAACUGGAUGCGUGCCCGCGAGGGUGUCAUGCAGUCCGACAUCUUCAAGGAAGAGCUUGAGGAGCUGUACCCUGUUGUCGAGGACGGCGGCUCCGACUCGGCCGCUUUUGAUAAUGUGCUGGAGCUGUUGACCAUCAACGGCGUCCUGUCUUUGCCCGAGGCCGUCAUGCUCAUGGUCCCCGAGGCCUGGCAGGGCAACGAGCACAUGGAUCCCAAGAAAGCUGCUUUCUACGAAUGGGCAGCCUGCCAAAUGGAGCCCUGGGACGGUCCCGCGCUCUUUACCUUUGCCGACGGCCGCUACUGCGGCGCCAACCUUGACCGCAACGGUCUGCGGCCGUGCCGCUUCUACGUCAUGGACGACGACCGCAUCAUUUGCGCGUCCGAGGUCGGCACCAUUCCCGUUGAGCCCGAGAGUGUCAUCCAAAAAGGCCGCUUGCAGCCCGGACGCAUGCUUCUCGUCGACACCCAGGCGGGCCGCAUCAUUGACGACAAGGAGCUGAAAGAGGCCGUCGCCAGCCGCCAAGACUUUCGCUCCUGGAUUGAUCGUGAACUCGUGACUAUGCCCAAGGUGCUCGAGGAACUGGAGCCCAAGAUGGACCUCGCGGCCAAGCCCAACGAGACGCUGCUCCAAGAGGACCCCAUGCUACUCUCCUUUGGCUACACCCACGAGCAGGUCUCUUUGCUGCUCGCUCCCAUGGCGGCCGACGAAAAGGAAGCGCUGGGCUCCAUGGGCAACGAUGCACCGCUGGCGUGCCUCACGCAGUCGCCCCGUCUGCUCUACGACUAUUUUCGCCAGCUCUUUGCGCAGGUCACUAACCCGCCCAUCGACCCCAUUCGAGAAUCCAUUGUCAUGUCGCUCGAGUGCUACGUCGGUCCGCAGGGCAACCUGCUCGAGAUGGACGCCUCGCAGUGCGGCCGUCUCUUGUUGCCCAGCCCCAUUCUGUCCAUUCCCGAGUUCAACGCGCUCAAUAAGCUGUCCACCAUUCGCCCCGAGUGGACGGUGCGCACCAUUGACCUGACUUUCCCCAAGUCUGAGGGUGUUGAGGGCUACAUCAAGCACCUCGAUGAGAUUUGCAAUGAGGCGACGGCUGCUAUUGAGGCGCAUGAUCGCAUCAUUAUACUCUCUGACCGCAACACCUCCAAGGACCGCGUUCCCGUCUCAGCGCUUCUCGCAUCCGGCAUGCUUCACCACCACCUUGUGAGUAACAAGUGGCGGUCUAUGGUCGCCCUCAUUGUAGAGACUGCUGAAGCUCGCGAGGUGCACCACAUGUGCGUCCUGCUUGGCUAUGGUGCUGAUGCCAUCAACCCUUACCUGGCCAUGGAGUGCAUUCUCAAGCUCAACCGCGAGAAACUCAUCAAGAAGAAGCUGUCUGACGACACUCUGAUUCACAACUACAAGCACUCCUGCGACGGCGGUAUCCUCAAGGUCAUGAGCAAAAUGGGCAUCUCGACCCUUGCUUCCUACAAGGGCGCUCAGAUUUUCGAGGCGCUUGGUCUCGACGAGACCAUUGUCGAGCGCUGCUUCCGCGGCACCGCGUCCCGCAUCCAGGGCCUCACUUUUGAUCUCCUUGCCGAGGAUGCGUUUCGCUUCCACGAGCGCGGCUUCCCCUCGCGCUACACAGUCGACAUCAAGGCGCUGCCCGAGUCGGGCGAGUACCACUGGCGCGACGGCGGCGAGGCGCACGUCAACGAUCCGACGUCUAUUGCCAACAUCCAGGAUGCCGUGCGCACCAAGAACGACAAGUCCUACGAGGCCUACUCGCGCUCCGAGUACGAGCAAAUCAAGAACUGCACCCUCCGCGGUCUGCUGGAUUUCAAGUUUGAGGACCGCACCCCGGUGCCCAUUGACCAGGUCGAGCCUUGGACGGACAUUGUGCGUCGCUUCUGCACCGGCGCCAUGUCGUACGGGUCUAUUUCCAUGGAGUCGCACUCGACCCUCGCCGUGGCCAUGAACCGCCUCGGCGGCAAGUCCAACACGGGCGAAGGUGGAGAGGACCCGGAGCGCUCCGAGCGCAUGCCCAACGGCGACACGAUGCGCUCCGCCAUUAAGCAGGUGGCUUCCGGCCGUUUCGGUGUUACCUCUGCGUACCUGGCCGAUUCUGACGAACUGCAGAUCAAGAUGGCGCAGGGUGCCAAACCUGGCGAGGGCGGUGAGCUUCCCGGCCACAAGGUGUCCAAGUCGAUUGCCCGGACCCGGCACUCUACUCCCGGCGUGGGACUCAUUUCUCCGCCGCCGCACCAUGACAUUUACUCGAUUGAGGAUCUGAAGCAGCUCAUUUACGAUUUAAAGUGCUCGAGCCCACGCUCACGAGUUUCCGUAAAGCUCGUGUCGGAAGUUGGAGUCGGUAUUGUUGCCUCUGGUGUCGCCAAGGCCAAGGCCGACCACAUUCUCAUCUCUGGUCACGACGGCGGUACUGGUGCCUCGCGCUGGACUGGAAUCAAAUAUGCCGGUCUUCCAUGGGAACUGGGUCUCGCCGAGACUCACCAGACGCUUGUUCUCAACGAUCUCCGUGGUCGUGUUGUGGUGCAGACGGACGGUCAGCUCCGCACCGGCCGCGAUAUUGCCAUUGCCUGUCUGCUGGGAGCCGAGGAAUGGGGCUUCGCCACAGCGCCUCUUAUUGCUAUGGGAUGCAUCAUGAUGAGAAAAUGCCACUUGAAUACGUGCCCUGUCGGCAUCGCUACCCAAGACCCGGAGCUCCGCGCCAAGUUCCAGGGCACACCGGAACAUGUCAUCAACUUCUUUUACUACUUGGCGAAUGAGCUCCGUGCCAUCAUGGCUCAGCUUGGCUUCCGAACCAUCAACGAGAUGGUUGGCCAUGUUGAAGUGCUCAAGAUGCGCGACGAUUUGCGCACCAAAAAGACUGCCAACAUUGACCUGUCCCUGCUGCUGACGCCCGCUCACAAGCUGCGUCCUGGUGUGGCUACUUUCAACGUCCGCAAGCAGGACCAUAAGCUCUACGUCCGUCUGGAUAACAAGCUCAUCUCCGAGGCCGAGCUCACCCUGGAUAAGGGCCUGCCCUCGCGCAUCGAGUGUGAUAUCGUCAACACGGAUCGUGCCAUGGGUACUUCAUUGUCCUACCAAAUCUCCAAGCGCUACGGCGAGUCUGGUCUACCCAUGGACACUGUUCACGUCAACAUCAAGGGCUCCGCUGGUCAGUCCUUUGGUGCUUUCCUUGCGCCCGGUGUCACGCUGGAGCUGGAAGGCGAUGCCAACGACUACGUCGGCAAGGGUCUAUCCGGUGGCCGUCUCAUCAUCUACCCACCCCGCUCUGCCCAGUUCAAGGCGGAAGAGAACAUUCUCAUUGGCAACGUCUGCUUGUAUGGUGCUACCACUGGUACCUGCUUCUUCCGUGGUGUUGCCGCCGAGCGUUUCGCUGUCCGUAAUUCCGGCGCCACCGCUGUCGUCGAAGGUACCGGUGACCAUGGCUGUGAGUACAUGACUGGUGGCCGUGUGCUCAUUCUCGGUAGCACUGGCCGCAACUUUGCUGCCGGCAUGUCUGGUGGUAUUGCUUACAUCCUUGAUGUCAACCGUGACUUUAUGGGCAAGCUCAAUACCGAAAUGGUUGAAGCCGGCCCUCUCGAGGACCCUGCUGAAAUCGCCUACGUCCGCGGUCUUAUCGAGGACCACCAUCACUACACUGGCUCGGAGCUCGCCGCCCGCAUCCUUGUAGACUUUAACCGCGCUCUGCCCCGCUUCAUCAAGGUUCUUCCCGUUGACUAUAAGCGCGUCCUGGAGGAAGAGGCGGCCAAGGCCAAGGAAGCUAAACGUGCCGAGUAUAACCUGCCUGCCGUCGCCGGUGUUCCCUCGCACCCUAAGAAGGAGGGUGAAAAGGCAGCCAAGCUGCAGGAUCUCGAGGAGGCAAUUGGCGACAAUGCCGUUGAGAAGAAGCGAGCUCUGGUGCUGGACAAGACCCGUGGCUUCAUGAAGUACUCCCGCCGCUCCGAAAAGUACCGUGCGGCAUCUGCGCGCACCAAGGACUGGGCGGAACUCAGCUCGCGACUCAACGAGGAUGAGCUCAAGUACCAAUCUGCGCGCUGCAUGGACUGUGGUGUUCCGUUUUGCCAGUCGGAGACGGGCUGUCCCAUUUCCAACAUUAUCCCCAAGUGGAACGAGCUCGUUUUCCAGAACCAGUGGAAGGAUGCCCUCAACCGUCUGUUGAUGACCAACAACUUCCCCGAGUUCACCGGCCGCGUCUGCCCAGCUCCCUGCGAAGGUGCCUGCGUUCUCGGCAUCAACGAGGACCCCGUUGGCAUCAAGUCCAUCGAGUGUGCCAUCAUUGAUCGUGGUUUCGAAAUGGGUUGGAUGGUGCCCCGCAUCCCCGAGGUGCGCACCGGCAAGAAGGUAGCCAUUAUUGGCUCCGGCCCUGCCGGCCUUGCGGCCGCCGAUCAGCUCAACCGCGCGGGCCAUCUCGUUACCGUUUACGAGCGUGCCGAUCGCCUCGGUGGUCUCCUCAUGUACGGCAUUCCCAACAUGAAGCUCGACAAGCGCAUCGUCAAGCGCCGCACCGACUUCAUGGCGGACGAGGGUGUUAUUUUCAAGACUGGUGUCGCCGUGGGUGAAGACGGUCACCCCAGCCUGGAGAACCUACGUGCCGAUAAUGACGCCGUCGUUAUCGCUACAGGUGCCACUGUCGCGCGUGACUUGCCCAUCAAAGGCCGCGAGCUCGAGGGCAUCCACUUUGCCAUGGAGUUUCUGCACAAAAACACCAAGUCGCUGCUGGAUUCGGAGCUGGCGGACAACUCAUACAUCACGGCCAAAGACAAGCACGUCGUCGUUAUUGGCGGAGGCGACACGGGCAACGACUGCAUCGGCACGUCGGUCCGCCACGGCGCCAAGUCGGUGACCAACUUUGAGCUGCUGCCGCAGCCGCCCGACGAGCGCGCCCGUGAUAACCCCUGGCCGCAGUGGCCGCGCAUCUACCGCGUCGACUACGGCCACACCGAGGUGCGUCAGCACACGGGCAAGGACCCGCGCGAGUACUGCAUCAUGUCGGAGGAGUUUGAAGGCGAUGGCAGCGGCAAGGUCAAGGGCAUCAACACCAUCCGUGUCGAGUGGACCAAGAACCCGAGCGGCGGCUGGGACAUGAAGAAGAUGGACGGCUCCCAGCAGUUCUUCCCGGCGGACCUGGUGCUGCUCGCCAUGGGCUUCCUGGGGCCCGAAGCCCGUGUCUUGGGUGAAGAGGUUGAGAAGGACGCGCGCAAGAAUGUGAAGACGCCACCUGGAAAGUAUUGCACCAAUCUGGAUGGUGUGUUUGCGGCGGGCGAUGCGCGUCGCGGACAGUCGCUGAUUGUGUGGGGUAUCAACGAGGGCCGCAUGGCUGCCCGCGAGGUUGACUUGUUCCUGGAGCAAAACACCAACCUACCUGUGACGGGUGGCCUGGUCAAGCGAAAGGCGACUGAGAUUCUGGGCCGUGUUGCGACGACCAAGGUAGCUGCGUAG